GUGAGGCGUGGCCAAGUGCUGCAGAUCUGAUAAUGAGAUUUAGUGUUGGCACUUGAGCUACACAUCUGAACUACAUCUUACUACAAUAGGAUUCAUUGUAGUAGAAAGCUGGUGGCAAGUUGAUACAGGUUGUUGAUGGAAUCAAAACAUUUCUCACCUAUUUUUCCCAACCCUGUGUCAUGUUUUUGGACAGUAAUCUCUCGUUUCAGUCAAGAAUUAUUCAACAGGUAUCCUAGAGAUGGCAUUGGAAAUUGGCUAAAGGAAACCUGGGAAUGGCAUUACUUAGCAUUUUAUAUUGGGUGGACUGAACUGAUUCAUAUUACUAGUAUAGCCAUUGGUUUAACACUACUUCGCAUUGUUCUAAACUCUCUCAUUUUAAGACCACUUCCAAAGUACUUUAACAUAAUAGAGCAAGAUGCGGAGAAGUUUCCAGAGAGUGCUUGGAAGAGCAUAAUAUACAUAGUGACAUGGGUCUGGGCAUUGUGCUUGUGUUGCGUUAGUGAUGAGAUGUAUUUCUUCAAACUAGACAGUCAUUGGGAAGGUUAUAAUUUAGGUAAUGCCAUUCCUAAUAGUAUUUAUUGGCUCUAUAUGCUCCAGAUGGGAUUUUAUUUCCAUUGUAUAUAUGCUUCUGUGUAUUUGGAGACAAUUCGUCGUGACUUUUUAGCAUUGAUGUUUCAUCAUUUCCUUACACUUGGCUUAUUAUUCUAUUCAUAUGGUGUCCGUUUCCAUUUGAUUGGUCUGCUAGUUCUUUUUAUUCAUGAUAUUGGAGAUGUUACUCUGGAGGUAUCUAAAACAAUUGUAUAUUUUAAAACAAGAAAUGGAGUUGACCAUGCUCUUCCUAAAUUUUUGGCAGAUAUCGGAUUUGCAUUUUUUACAAUUCAGUGGUAUGUUUCAGCAUUGUAA